UGCGCGCGUGGCAACAGACGCGGCAAUGGCAAUGGCAACGGCAGUAAACAACUUGUCGGAUGGAAGCGAAGAGAGAUGAGUUUUGUGGUUUGACCCGAUCUAUUUGCUGUGAUUACUUGCGAAUGAAAUAGGAGAGACUUUCAAAAUGGUCAAGACACUUUGUAUCUGUCAGAUCUGUACCUGUGGGAGGCAUCGAUGCGCCCACAGACCCGAAACAAAGACUCCAGUUCAUCCAUGUCGAUUUACAGAGUAUCAAGAUCGCUACAAAAGACAUCCUCUCGACCGUAGAUUACCGUUCAAACCAGAAUACACUGUAAAAAGCUCGUCCCAGCCAAUGGACGAAAAAACAAAUUAUUCGACUGAUUAUGUUCCUCAUUCGUAUGCUCCGCCAACUAAACGCGGAAAGGCCCCGUACAUAAAACCGCAAGGGCAGAUGGCUGGUGAAAGCAGCUACAAACAUGACUAUCCCGGAACUGUGGUCCCUCCCGCUACAUCUGCUAAGCCACUGGCAACGUUUCAUGCUCAUGAGAGUCCGUUUGACAGCAGUACAGUCCAUCAAGACACCUACAGGCCUUGGGAUUUAAGGCUGUGCAAGAUGGAAAGUAUGAAACCAGAUGCCACGCCGGCAGCUCGAGAUGGCAAAAUGGAUGGUAAAACCGUCUUUCAAACCGACUAUCCGGGGUACUUUUUGGGAAGACGUCCGCAAAUCCGGCCACCAGACACAGAAAUCCGCGUGAAUAAGGGUCCUAUGGAGAGCGACACAACUACUAGGCUUGAUUACACCAGGAAACAGGUUCUCCCAGCUGAAUCAGCGAAACCUGUUGAAAAACGCCCCACCACCAGCCAACCUUUCAGAGGAAAUACCACAUUCAUGGAUGAUUUUGCCUACAGAGGUGGGAGGCCCGCUUCUAGUUUCAAGCCAAUUCAGGAUGUCAUCAAGUCAAAUAAGCCAUUCAAAGGGGACACCACCACCGGUGUGACCUACAGGCGAUGGACAAUUCCUAAGCGUGAAGUACGACCAAAGGAAGCCUACAGACCACCAACAGCCAGGUUUUUAACCAACACCACCUUUCAGCAUGAUUACCCAAAGUGGGAUAUACCGCCAGCUGAAAGUGCUAAACCUCCAGUCACAUCAUUUGCAUCUGGCAAGCCUUUUGAGGACAGUACGACGCAUAAAGAUGCAUUUAAGGCAUGGGAGUUACAAGAAACUCAGAAGAGUGGCCGACCAGAUGAAUACAGGCCACCAUCUGGGAAAUUCCACGGUGAAUCCACUAUGCGGAGUCACUACAGAGGACAGUAUAUACCUCCAGCUAAACCUGCCCGUCACGAAGCCCACAAGCCAAUAAGUGGGGAGAUGACAAUGAAUACAACCUACAAUGACACCUUCACUGGGGAACGGCCCCACAGUUGUCCUGCACAGGGAAUCCAGCAGUGGCAGCCAGGCCCACAGAGAGGGUACUAUUACAGUCAUGAUAAUCGGGGUCACAGUUUCUAUAUGCCACUUUCAGAAACUAUACAACCCCUGACUUUAACAGCUUGAAUUUGUACCAUCAGCAAAAGCUGAGUUCAAUUUUCUUCUCAUCAAAAUUCUUCUACAUAUUUCUGUCUGUUGCUGUAGUUGUUGUUGUUUUUUUGCCAACAAGUCACCUUCUAUAGGAUUUGCUGUUGGUACAAAUUAUUUGAGUUACAUAAUUUUUUCAGGUGUGACUAGAUGUAUCGUACAAAAGAACAAACAUGGAAUAUCUUUCACAGAGCACUUGCAAUAUUUUAAUGAAUCUCUCUUUUUCAAAUUAUGUAACUGCUUUCAAUGCAGCUAAGCAGUGGAAACAUAAAAUUUUAAAAAUAAUUUAAUUUUGCCCAAAAUAAUUUUACUAUUUCAUCCCAGCACCAAAAAUAUUCCAAAAAAAUUAUGUUUACACUGUAUGUUGAAUUUGUUGCCAAGGGAAACAUAGUGGUUAUAUGAAACCCAGCUGAAUCUAUGUAUUUGCUUUCAGCUGUUCAGGUAGCAGACACCUCAUAAUUGUUGUUAUUUAAAUAAGCUUUCUCAUUUCUAAGAAAUUCAAUUUGAAUAUUUAGUGGUAUCAGUUAGUACAAAGGCUCUGACUGUAUGCAAAGCAUUGUUGGUAUUUACUUUCAGGUAAAUUAUUUUAGCGAAAGCACAUCCAGUUUCUAUCUGUGAACUUAAAUAUUUUCAUUACAUUAGCCACGUAGUAGUGUUGCUGCUAGUAGAUAACUUUUAUGUAAGAGUCUUUUAAAUGGAACUUAGUCAUAAUCUGUACUGAGGAUUUCUAGGUUGUGGUUAUAUUCCCCACACUUAUCAUUUUUGUUACAUUGUGGAUUUUUAAUUUAAUGUUUUAAGUUUCUUUUUACAGUAUUACUGAGGUUUAGUGACAUUCACUGAUAAAAUUUUCAUUUUUAUGGGCAUGAAAUGACCACAUAUUCAUUAGAAAAAAAUUGAGCAGUUUGUUCCUUUUUCCUAGACUUAAAGUGCCAUUAGGAUAAUUUUUUCCAAGAACUGUGUUCCAUUACCUGACUCAUUAAGAAAUCGGGUUUUAAUCUUAUUCAAAUCUUUUUCUUUUACAGCAUUACAAAUAUAAUAGUUAACUUGAUUCAGUGGAAGUGCCUGUUCUUGAGAAUUUUUAGAUUUCAUGUAAAGAAGAAAAAUUUUAUGCUGGUCAUCUGUAUGUAUUAAGUUCCACACGCUUUGUCCUCAAAUGGCGGGAAAAUAUGGAUGGUCCAGGAAAGUAUUUGGCAUUUAUAUCCAGGAAAUAUUUGGCAUUUGAAGUUGGAAAAGUUGGAUUUAUAAUGUAUGCAGGUGACCCAUCCACCAAUAGGAAAUAAGGAAGUAAUAUUUUUCUUUUUAAGUCCAAUGAUCGAGAUAAAUAUUCCCCUUGCUGUUUUAAUUAUUUUCUUUUAUUUGUCUUACAAGACUUCAGUGGUAUGUGUUGUAUUGAAUAAGUAAUAUGGCAUGACCAUUUCCUUUAUUGGUAUGAGUUAUUCCUACCUGUCCUUGAAGAAAACAGCUGAUAAGCAAUUUGGAUUUUACAGAAAAUAGUUGAAAUGGUCGUGUGAAAUAGGAUUCUGUUAACUAAAGCUGUUCUUGGAAUAACAAGGGGAAUCAUAUUGUACCACUGGCUCAAGUUAUUUUGUUUAGGUCUAACUGACUAUCAAUUUUACUGCUAAAAAUGUAAUCAGUAAUAGAAUGGUGUAAAUAGUUGCACUUUCAUUUUGUUAUUAGUUGACAUAAGAUGUCUGGUCACGCUUGCAUCACUGGGGAACCAGCCACGGCUCACACAGUAUCUUCAGUCAAGCACUAGCUACAACUGGCUUUCUACAGCCGCAUACUAUAACAGAUUAUUGGUAUUGUUUUAACAAGGACAGUCAUUCAAGGAAAUGGAAAAUUUUCAUCUUGAGAAACAUUAUACACUUGUGUAAUUGUCAUUAGUAAAAGACCGUGUAUGAGCAUGGGAGACAGUUGUUUUCCUUCAAUGGAGAAGACAAUUGUACAAAUCCAAUUUAUUUUUUAUCUGAAUAAAGUUAAAAAUGCCCUCA